UCGUCUUCCUCUAUAACUUCCGACAAAGAAGAAAAAAACAACAAAAACAGUUAAAACGUUAUCACUUUCUUCUUUUGUCUUCUUUAGAACAAAUCAUGCAUAGAUCCAAAACACAAUCUCUAAACCCGUCAUUCUCCUCUACUCUCCUCGAUGAAAUCUACAAUUCCAUCGAUCAGAAACCCAACAAAACUCAACCUUUUGUCGGCUCUGUCAAAAAACAGAGUAUCAGCGUAACAAGUUCAGUUCCUGCCCGGAAAAUCAACCAAGACCGGUUCUUUAGCUCUGUGUCGUCUUCCUCUGAUUCCAACUCAAGUAUUUUCUCAUCUUCCGACACUGAAACAACUCAAGCUAAGAAGUUAUCUUCUUCAAGACCGUUAUGUUUCGGCCCGUGUAAGACAAAACAGAGAAAAACAGAGGACAAAGCUCUGUUUCACCAAAACAGAGCAACCCGAGUGUCUCACGAUUACGCCUACGAAGAAAGAUCGGCGAGUAAUCAAAAGAAGAAGCUCAAAACUCCAUCUUCACCUGGAGUACGAGUCGUUAACUUCAUCAAUGCCUUGUUCAGCAAGCAAUCAACGGCGGUUAAGAAGAGUUAUCCGAGGAAGACGAGCUACGUUGACUCUGCAUUCUCUAAAAAACGAACUGAUUAUUACUCAUCUUCGACGUGUUCUUCAGCUUCUUCCUUCUCCAGGUCUUGUCUGAACAAACGCUCCGAGAAAUCAUCUGAACGUAUCAAACCAAGCGUCAAUGUGAUCGUCCCCGAGAUCAGAUCCUAUGUCGAAGAAGAAGAAGGCUAUCUCAGAAAGUCGGUGAUGAAGAAUGUGGAAGAUGGAGGGAGGAGAUCAGUGGAGGAGAUUGCGAGAGAGUUUUUGAGAGAUUAUCAGAGCAAGAAAUAUGAAAACAGUUUGGUUAAGAAUAAUGAUCUCGAGGAUUAUGAUGAUGAUGAUGAUGAUGAUGAUGAUGUUGCAAGUGAUUCGAGUUCGGAUUUGUUUGAACUGGAUUUAGUAGGAACACAUCAUCGUAAUCUGUAUGAAGAUGAACUUCCUGUGUAUGAAACCACUUUUGCUGGUUUGAUCUUGUGAAGCUUUUCUUUAGGUUUUUCGAUUUUAUUUUUUAAGUUUUAGUAUCAUGUGAUUCUCCACAUCUUUGUUUGGUUUUGUAACUAUAUGUCGUGUAAUACUUUUUGUGCUUGUUAAAUGAUCCGAUCAUGCUUUUACUAUUCUACUAGGAUAAGACCUGCGCC